UUGACCACUGUAUCCGGAGAUAGACGGCUCUCGCAGGCACUAUCACACCAGUUCGUUUGACCACUGUAUCCGGAGAUAGACGGCUCUCGCAGGCACAAUCACACCAGUUCGUUUGACCACUGUAUCCGGAGAUAGACGGCUCUCGCAGGCACAAUCACACCAGUUCGUUUGACCGCUGUAUCCGGAGAUAGACGGCUCUCCCAGGCACCAUCACACCAGUUAGUUUUACAACUGUAUCCGGAGAUAGACGGCUCUCCCAGGCACCAUCGUACCAGUUUUUUUGACAGCUGUAUCCGGAGAUAGACGGCUCUCCCAGGCACCAUCGCAAUAGUCUGAUUGACCUCUGACCCCUGCCCAUUGUGUCUGCCGACUGACUGACAGCUACCUGUGUUAUUAAAUAACAGGAAGCGGGCCCAGCAAGAUUCAGGAUGUGUGAAGAGAUCCAGAUCCGGACUGCCCGCCAUGAGGACUAUGACGACAUCAUGGAGAUCGGUGACGUGUACGGAGGCAGGGACUACCUCCCCUCCAUGUUCCACAUGUUCCUGGAUGACCCCAACAUCUACGCCAUCGUCGCCGAGGUCGACUGUAAGCCGGUUGGCUUUUAUUUGCUUCAUGUUCUUGACGGGGGGGAAUCCGCGGUGAAGAGAGGCGGGCGAGUGAACACCAGCUUCAGGAAGAGAGGAAUCUUUCAUCUCAUGACGGAGUCCCUCAACCAGAAAUUGCUGUCGAUCGAACCGCCCGUGAAAAGACUGAGCUUCUCCACCACCAACUUCGUGGAUAGGGCAGCCGGCGAGUUCACAGACGAGGGCUAUGUGGAGGUUUUGAGGAAGGACUUCAACAUUGAUCAUAGACACACUUCUUGGAGAGGAGCAUUCACAGAGGACAACACAUAG